CGGCGUGGACCCUGCUGCCGCGACCACCCGGGUCCCUGGCAGCGAGGGCGACGAGGCAGCCUACGCCGAGGAGUGGGCUGGCUGGACGGGCGGAGGCUGGUGGCGCCAGGAGAGUUCAACCUGGGACGGGGGAAGAGGACUCGAUGCUGGCCUGUCUAAGACGGCGCCAAGCUACGAGCUGCUGAAGACCGACGGCUACCGAGUUUUCAGACGAAAGCUAGAGGUCUUCGAGAGGUGCUGCCGCAAGCGCGGCACGACCGCCAUCAGCGAGGGAGCGUUUCUGGUCAUGAACUCGCUGCAAGGAGAGGCGGCCGAGGCUACGUGGGAGAUCGACCUGGACCUGCUAGAGACAGACGAGGCCUUCAGGCCGCUGUUCAAGGUCCUGGACGAGUACUGCAAGUACGACAACCAGACUGAGCUGCCAGCCCGGACGGAUCAGUUCCUCGGCAGGUUCGCCCGUCAGGAGAAGGAGUCCAUGAAGUUGUACUGCCUACGCCAUCAGCGCGACAUCAGGAAGCUGAAGGAAGUGGGCAUGGAGAUUCCAGAUAUGCUAGCGGGCUGGCACCUCCUCACGAGAGCGGCGAUCCCACCGUCAGGCGCCGCCCAGGUUCGGAGUCAAUGCGUAGACGGCCUCAGCUGGCAGAAGGUGAAGAAGGCUUUGCUCGACACGUACGGAGCCGAGGGUCUGCCCGACAAGCGCGACACCAAACGAGUGGAGAAGAUGCUGCUCGGGCAGAACGCCAAGGACGACGCUCACUACACAAACGACUACGAGUGGGAGCGAGGCCUGAGCUACGAAGACACGUACCUGGAGGAGGAAGAGUAUGAAGACGAAGAUGAGUACGAAUAUGAAGACGUAGACGAGGAGGCCGAGAUCGCGGAGGAGCUGCCGCAGGAUGUCGAGGACGCUCAGCUCGCGUGCGACGAGGCCUACCUGAGUUUCGUGGAUGCAAAGAAGCGCGUGGCUGAGAUCGCGAAGUCCAGGGGCUUCUACCCGAUCGUCGCCGUGGCGCCCGACAACAACUACCGUGAAGCACGACCGGCCCGAGCCCCAGGCAAAGGCAAGGGACGUGGACGCGGCAAAGGUAAAGGCAAAGGCAAGGGAUCUAAUCAGCCACGACGAGAUCCAUCAGCGUUCAAGUUCCCGAAGGCCCCGUUCGCCCGCUCGCCGGCUGCAUCGAGUGCGGGAUCGACCGGGACGGGCUCGACGCAGCAGCACGGCCCGAGGUUCAAGAGGUUCCGUCACGGCGGGUUCACCAGGACGGAGACCGAGUCAGGCGAUAUGGUCGAGGACGUCGAGACGUUGGAGUACGCGAAUUCGACCGAGGAGGUGUUCCUGCUGACAGUCGGCAAGGGCAUCAGCGACGGAGGCGCAACGCGGCCCGUCAUGGGCGACGAGGUCUGGGCGCAGUGGGAAGAGCUGCUGCGCGUGAAGCAGUUGCUGCACGAGGUCAAGUAUGAGAAGAGUGAUCGACGGUUCAGGUUCGGAGACGGUAAGACGCUGGAGGCAAAGAAGGCAGUGACGUUGUCGGUGUGGCCGUUCGGAAUCAAGAAGCAAGUCACCAUCCACCUCGUCGAGGGGUGGGCGCCGCUGCUCAUCGCCAGGCCCUGCAUGGAGGAGUGGGGUCUCAUUCAGGACUAUCGAGCAGGAACGUUCAUGAUGAAGGACCUUCCCAACAAAGGUUGGAUGAAGUCCGAGCGUGAUGAGAAAGGCCACUUCAUCAUUGACUUGUUGGGCAGCGCCGGGAAGGAGGCAGACGACGCCAUGAACGAGGGCGCUCCCACGGACGGCGAGGAGAGCAGCGACGACUCGACGGACAAGGACUCGGAGGGGAGCUCGGUGGAGGGAGAGACCGACGAUGGCAGCGACUCGUCGGUGCCCGACGCCGAUGCCUACUACCUCGAGACCGUCCCGGAGUUCUACGACAUCGGUAGCGACGACGAGGCGCUGACGACCGAGGGGUUCUCAGACAUGGACGCGGACACCUGCUCAGACCUGAUCUUGGCCCUGGAGCAAGCGGAGACCGACAUGAAGGAUACGCUCAGAGGACCCCGCGAACGCGUGGUCUGGGAGGUCUUCGUGGACCAAGGGGCUUUGUCGGAGGAGCUGCUGGAGUUCCCGCAGGUCAAGGUGAUCCAGUUCAGGCUGGCUGACGGCUGGGACUUUUCCAAGCUCAGCGUGAUUCGUAGCUUCCUGAGUAAGAUCGAUGAGGAGAAGCCCGAUGACAUCUUCUUCGCACCAACAUGGCUACACUGGCAGACCAAGACCUGGCAGAAGCUACCUGGAUUCCACUGCCGGCUCGACCAGUGCAGGCUGGGCGCGAACUUCGAGAUCAAGGGUGAGUUCAUGCCGUACAAGAAGCCCAUGCGACUCCAGUCCACGAACAAGGAGUUUGUUCACCACAUGAACAUGAAAUGCAGCUGCACCGAGGAGCACGUGGUCUUACGCGGCAAGCUUGCCCAGCAGGCUCAGAACUACCCGAGACCGAUGGCGCGAAGGAUGGCCUACUUGAUCGCCUAUCAGGGCAUGGCCGACGACAUUGAGGAUAUCAACACCGCCGAGGAGGUCUCCAAGGACAUCGACGCCAUCGAGUACACCGACGUGAUGCAGGAGCUGAUGAAGCGUUUCAAUGUGUCGACGAUCAGGGCGGUCAAGCGCGCUCACAUCAGCCUGGGCCACCCCUCCAACGCGGCGCUGGCGACCGCCAUGAAGCACGCGAAGGCCCCGGCCGAGUGGCUUCAGUGCGCCAAGCUCUUCCAGUGUGAAGUUUGCCUGAGCAGGCAACGACCUCGAGCAGUGCGCGUAGCUGUACUGCCGAAAGCUAAACGGUUCAACGAGGUCGUGAACACCGACGUCUACUACGCCACCUGGAAGAACAAGGAGCGACAAAUCUUGGCUAUGAUGGAUGAGGUCACGCGCUACGAAGUGGAUUACCCGAUCGCGAAGGAGACUGUCAAGAAGGAGGUGAAGCUGUUUCAGAAAUUGUGGAUCAGCUGGGCUGGCAAGCCCGACACCAUGAGGAUGGACAUGGCAGGCUCGCACACGUCAAGAAAGAUGCACCAGUGGAUGAGCAAGCACAACAUCACCCUCGACCUGAUCCCGGAGGGCGCGCACCACAAGCUCGAACUCAUGGAGCGCAACCAUGCGGUCAGGAGGGGGCAGCUCAGCAAGUACCAUCUGCAAUUUCCCGACGACUCGCUCAAAACCGCGCUCAGGAUGACCGCCAGCCAGCGGAACAUCUUACGCGACGUGCACGGGUAUUCGCCCGCGACGCUGGUGCUGGGCACACAGCCCAAGGUGCCUGGCGCGUUGUGCGACGAGGACUUCGGCCUGGCGGAGCAGGCCGCGCUGGUCGAUCCCAAGAGCGAGGUGCACGAGAUGAUGGUCAGGCGCGCUGCGGCGGGGACGGCUUUCAUCGAGGCCAACUGCUCUCGCGCCGUGCGAGCUGCGCUGUUGGCGCGCAGCAGGCCGACGCGCCGCGAGUACCAGAUCGGCGAGUCGGUCUACUUCUGGCGACCCGAGAUGUCGACGGGCCUGGAGAAGCGCCACUGGCAUGGCCCGGCGCUGGUGGUGGCGGAGGAGUCGAAGGUCAACGAGGACGACGUGAUGCACACGUCCGUGGUGUGGGUCACGCACGGGUGCACGAUCUACCGAUGCACGGUGGAGCAGCUCCCUCCCGAGCUGUCCAGUGAGACCCGAGAGCGAGAAGGACGACGCGAGGAUCCCGACAGCCCACUCAGCACCAUCGAGAAGCUGAGGAGGGCGCUCACGCGGACCAAGGGAACCUGCAGCUUCAGUGGCCUCGCCGAUGGGGGGCCAGCGGCCCACCAGCCAGCCGAGGCUGGCGAGGAGGCGGCUCCAGACCCCGCACCUGCGGGGGCCAGCGCUGCGCGAGAGCGUGGCAACGCUGCGAGGGAGCCGAGUAGAGUCCACAUCGAGGCGAUGGCCAAGAGGAGCAUCGAGGAGGCCGAGAAGCUGGACGGCAUCCCCUUGGCAAAACGCGCCCGCAUGUCGUGGGCCAGGCUCGCGCCGCAGCAGGAGGAGUGCUGUCUCAUCGAGGAGGUGGACGACGAGAUGAUGUUGUUGGAGGAAUCCACCGAGACAAUCUACAUGCUGGCUUUCAAGAGGAAAGUCUCCACCAUCGUGGAGGGGAGGCUCACACCCGAGGAGCGGGAGCAGUUCUACGCAGCCAAGCUGGAGGCCCUCGAGGUGUUCAACAAGAACGACGGCUGGGAACCCAUCGACGAGGCGGAGGUGGACCAAGCGGCGCGUUGCCCGUUACGCUUCCUGCUGAAGUGGAAGGUGAAGGACGGGCAGCGAGUGGCCAACGCGGGAGUGCUCUACCAGGGUUUCAAGCACCGCGACGUGGCCGAGGGCCAGCUCGACAAGGAGGCGCCCACUUUGAGCAGGCUUGGCCGACAUACGGUCAUGCUGUGGGCAGCCUUGAGGAAGUGGAGGCUGUUCGCUGCGGAUGUGAAGUCCGCGUUCCUGCAGGCCGAGGACGCCAGUGCUCACGGCAUCAAGCUGUACGCGAGCCUGACGAAGGAGAUGAGGGACAUGCUUGUACACCAGAUCGGCCUGAAGCCAGGACAGUUGCUCAAGAUGAUCAAGCCGUGCUUUGGGGACCCGCGGUCACCCAAGCUCUGGCACUACCGCUCCGACGAAGUCGCGAGGGAGAUCGGGUUCAAGAACAGCUGGCUCGAGGAUUGCUUGCUGCUGUCCUUGCGGGCCGCGCGACCCUCGGACGACCCGUUCGACGCGUGUAGCUUCGACGGCCAGACGUUCGUGGUGGACGGGCUGAUCGGCAAGCACGUGGACGACUUCAUCGGCUGCGGCGAGAACGUGAGUUGCGAGGAUGACCUGCACGCCAAGCUGGACGACACCGAGUGCUGCCAGGCGCGGCUGGGCAUGCUCAACGAGAAGUUCAAGUUCGGCAAGUGGGAGUUCGGGCCGAGCCUAGUCUUCACCGGCGGCGAGGUGGAGCAGUCCCUGAGCACCCACGCGAUCACCAUCAAGUUCGAGAAGUACCUGCACGCGGUGAAGCCCAUCACCGUGGAGAAGCACGGGCGGGCAGAUCCCACCAGUGCGCUGUCGCCGAAGGAGCUCACCAGUUUCAGGACCCUGAACGGCCAGCUGCAGUGGCCGGCAGCCCAGGGGGUUAUCAUUGCGGCGGCGACCGUAUCGUUCAAAGCCGCAGCGACUGGACAUGCGACGGUGCAAGACUUGCUGGACGCGAACAAAGAUCUACGGCUCCUGAAGGCCAACGCGGACAUGGGACUGUACUUCGGCUUCGACAGGCCGUAA